AUGGAGAGAAUAGAUGACCCUUGCACAGCUCCAAGGGAUGGAGAAAGCCAAGAGAUCUGGUCACGAGAAAUAGGUGCACCUCCUUUUUCCUUAUUGAUAGGUUCUCCAUACGACAUCGAAUGCCCACCUCCUACAUAUUUAUCGAUCAACCAUCUAAAUCGGUCUCGGCUAGCUGAUAAAGCUUCACAGCUCCAAGGGUAUGAAGUACAAUAUGAAGGAGGUCUAAAAUGUGUUGACGAAAGAGUGCUAUCUAACCAACGGGGAAUUAUUAUUGAUGUAAUUGCUCAGGUUUCUGCAUGUCUACUCAAAGGACAAGGAAUUGUAGGACUAAGUCUUCCAAUAAGACUUUUUGAGCCGAGGUCUACGUUAGAAAGACUAUUAGACAGGUUUUGCUUCAUGCCAGUAUUUUUUGAAAAUAUUGGGGAAUUAAAUGCGAUUGAGAGGUUCAAGAAAGUGAUUGCGAUGGCUGUAGCUGGACUUUAUAUUAGCCCAUCACAAGAAAAGCCAUUUAACCCACUUUUAGGAGAAACUCUGCAAGCAGAAUGGCCUGAUGGGACAAAAGCUUAUUGUGAGCAUACGGUUCAUCAUCCUCCAAUUACAAACUUUUAUAUAUGGUGUUUUUCCUUUGGAUUGCCCAGUAAAUAAAUCAAGCCUAUAUAUACCCAGGCUUGUUAGAACCAGUAUAAUUUCCAAGGAUUUCAAAAUUCACGGAAAUCUCCAAUUAAUUGGGAAAUUUAAAAAAAAUUCAUUAAUUGGAGGAUUUCAAGGAAAAGUUAACGUAGAGUUCAAUGACGGACAAAUUGUCUCUUUUUCAUACCCUCAAUUUAGAGCAGGUGGGAUUAUCAUGGGAUCAAGAACAGUAGAAUGGGAAGAGCACAUGAUAUUCGAUGAUUUAACCAAUAAAUUCAACGCUGAUAUAACCUUUGGCGCUGUUAGAAGAAAAGGGCUAUUUAAAAAAGCAAUUGGAAAGAUUGAUGAUUUCAGAGGGCAAUUAAAAAUAAAUGACCAAGAAGUAGGGAAAAUUGAAGGAAAUUGGCUCAGAAAUUUGAGUAUCGAUGAUGUAGAGCUUUGGAAUAUAGACCGACAUUUACCUGUUUUUCAUUUUUUCCCUGUCAACCCGCUACCGAGUGAUUGAAGAUAUAGAGAAGACUUAGUGUGACUUUCUAGAGGAAAUUCAGAGAUUGCUCAGAAAUGGAAAUAUAAAAUAGAAAAUAGGCAAAGAGCUGAUAGAAAACUUAGGGGCUUGAAGUAUUAA